CGCAAAUGUUCGCCAGGUCGUGCUGACGUCGGCGCCAUCCAACAGAAAUGGCCACUGAGCCGCCGUCAAUCCUGUACGGGUCGCUCCCGAUGGACGACGACUUCGGUGGAAACGCAAACGACGAUGCCAAUGUGAACGUUCACGUCGAGCCUCUAACGAUCCACUUGACGGACGACGUGACGCAGGUCAAGCCAUGGGAGUUUCCGGGAUGGGGCUCUUCAAUAUCCGAGAGCGCCGAUCCGGCAGAGCUAAAAGAGCUCGACGCGACGCUUGCGGCUUCAAAACAAGCCCAUCGACUUGGCGAAUGGCCAGCGACGGCCAUAUGUGGCAACGACAUCCUGUCGUCGUGCCUGUACACGACAGGCAUUGUGGCUGUCCGCGCUGGCAAACUCGCCCCCGUCGCCAUGGCAACUGUUGCCGCGAUUCUGUACCUCUACCGAUACAUCUACACCGAAGUGGUGACUGCGAUACCGCUCAACGGUGGCUCGUACAACGCCCUUUUGAACACAACCACAAAACGCAUCGCGUCCGUCGCCGCUGCACUCGGCAUCUUGUCGUACGUUGCUACGGGCGUCGUGUCCGGUACGUCCGCAUGCACGUACCUGCAGUCGGUGAUCCCGUUGCUGCCCGUCGUCGAAGCCAGCGUCGGUCUCCUGCUCUUCUUUGCACUGCUGUCCAUAGUAGGGAUUCGCGAAAGCGCAGGGCUUGCGCUGGUGAUCUUUGUCGUCCACACGGCGACGCUGAUUGUACUGUGUGCCAUGUCGAUCGUGUUCCUCGUCAAGAACGAAGCGACUAUCCUUCGCGCCAACCUUAGUGCCGACUACCCGGACGUGUCGGUCGCUGGCGCCACCUUGUCCGGAACAGUCUGGACUGCGUUCUUCUUUGGCAUGUGCACGGCGAUGCUCGGGAUCUCGGGGUUCGAAACGUCGGCGCAAUUCGUCGAAGACCAGGCACCAGGCGUGUUCCCCAAGACGUUGCGGAACAUGUGGUGGGGCGUCGCCGCGUUCAACCCGAUGAUUUCGCUGCUGUCCCUGGCGGUGCUGCCGCUGCCGGUGGUCGUGCGCCAUAAGGACACAGUGCUGAGUGCGAUGGCGCGCGUCGUAGGCGGGCCAGCCCUGGAAACGUGGAUGGCUAUCGAUGCGUUCGUCGUACUAAGUGGAGCUGUCCUCACGUCGUAUGUCGGGAUCACGGGACUCGUCCGGAGGCUCGCACUGGACCGCAUCCUGCCGUCGAUGCUGCUCACGACCAAUUCGUGCCGCAGCACCAAUCACUGGAUCAUCUUGGCGUAUUUUGCGAUCGCAGCGUCGUUGGUUGUAACGCUGCAUGGCCAAGUCGAAACACUCAGUGGCGUGUACACGUUUGCAUUUCUGGCGCUCAUGAUUAUGUUUGGAGUCGGCUGCAUGCUGCUCAAGUUCAAGCGGAGCGAUUUGCUCAGGCAGGACAAGGGCGGCGCGCCGUGGAGCGUCGUCGUCGUUGGCGUCGCGUGCAUGGUCCUCGCGCUGGGCGGCAACUUGGUCGGCGACCCGACCGUGCUGUCGAUCGCGCUGGUUUACUUUUUCAUCGUGUUGGCUGUCGUGGCCGUGAUGUUUGAGCGUGUGUUUCUCCUACGGCUUCUCCUGGCGUUCGUGACGUUUGUCUGGCCAUCCAAACACAAGACAGCGUUGCAUGGACGCCACGCGGAGGGGUCGAUCGCGCUCAUUCGCGACCGGAAGUUCUCGGGUGAUGACGAAGGCCAUGUUGAACGUGAUGGAGCAUCGUAUGUCGACGACUCGGUAGACAACGUGCCAUUCCAAGCGCUAUCGUCUCCAGGACUGAGUAUUGCUCGCGCGAUCCAUGCCAUCAACGGCCCGCCAAUCUUGUUUUUCUGCAAGCGGCCGCACCUCCCGACGCUCAAUAAGGCUAUUUUGUAUGUUCGCCAGAACGAGGAGACGUCGCACUUGUAUAUAGUGCAUGUCAAGGCGGCGACGAGUAUGAUGGACGCGUUCGCGGGCGUCGUUGGCCUCUUUGACCGCAUUUAUCCCAAACUCAAGAUUGACUUUGUCGAGGUCGACACUCACGGUUACCUCGGGUUUGGCCCGGCUGUCGUCGACUGGGUCAGCCGCAAGUACCACACGCCCAAGAACCUCAUGUUCAUUAAACAACCGAGCCACGACUGCGCGCACACGAUCGCGUCCCUCGGUGGAGUUCGAGUCAUUACUGGAUAAAACAACUGCAAAAACAAACCUGUCAACGUGGCGAACCAGUGAUCUGCACCUUUUGUGGUAAACUUCAUCCUCCCCUUUCUCCAGGAUGGUAGCACAUUCUGAACCAUGUCAGACAUCAAAAGAAGGAAGAGAUUAAG